AUGUCAUCACGCGCAAUUAGGAAGCUGCAGAAGCUUCGUGAGCAAGAGCAGAAGGAAUCAUCGCAGCAAGAUGAGUCAAGUGAAGAUGAAGCGCCCCGCCCCGCAAAGCCCAAGUUCAAUGCUUUUGACUUGCUGAAUGCUGAGGAUGAUAAUGAAGAAGAGGAGGAGGAGGAUGAGGAGGAUAGUGCGGACAAAUUGCAAAAGGAACCCGCCGCGCAACGAUCAGAGCCCGAACCCACCCCGCCAAAAUCGAAGAAGUCCAAUAAAAAGAAGAAGAAGAAGGGCGCAAAAUCCUCUGGACCUCCCAAAGCAGCAGACACAAAAACCAACGCAGAGCUAGAUGAGAUUGAUAGGGCACUUAAGGAGCUAUCGGCGGGUGGACAUUCAACGGUUGGUGCUGGUCAAUCGACCAAUUCUCAAGGCGUUCAGGACUCAUUCCCGAAGACUACGGACGAGUUGCUUGGCAUAGAUCCCAAGUUCCUCAAUGCGACCAAUGAGAUGCGCCGACUGUUUGGAAAUGUUGUCCUAGAGAACUUCGAUCAGCCAUCUGACGCUGGAGCUGGCCGUCGCCGAGACCGCAAUCGACAGAUGAUUGACCUUGCUCAGGCUUUGACGGGAAAAUAUAGUCCAGCUAGCAGAGGCCUAAGCUUGGGAGGAUCCACACAGCGAAAGAACGUUCUCAUGCAAGGCAAGGAUGAUUGGCCACGUGCUCCCAGUGGAGGGCUGGGCAUGGAAACUGUAGAGAAACUCUCGUCUGGGGACAUUCUCUACAAGAUUGUGCACAAUGCCGGCUAUCAAGAUGUACAGAGACAGUUUGAACAGUGCGUUGAAUCAAUGGAUCCUCAGAGAAUGAUCGCACAUCUUCAAUACAACCCGUACCACAUUUCUACUCUUCUCCAGGUUUCGGAGAUCGCCAAGCAUCAGGGCGAUCAUGCUGUUUCCGCCGAUCUGAUGGAGCGAGCGCUCUUCAACUUUGGACGCUCAGUGCAUUCCUCAUUUGCCAAUCGUCUAAGGGACGGCGAAGCCAGGCUAGACUUUAUACAUGCUGAGAACCGAGAGUUCUGGCUUGUUGGGUGGAGAUACAUCUCCAACCUGGGCAUGAAAGGAACGUGGAGAACAGCGUACGAAUGGUCCAAGCUAUUGCUUAGUUUGGACGACAGCGAUCCUUAUUGCAUGAGACUUCUCAUCGACCACCUUGCCCUUCGGGGCAGAGAGUACGCACAACUUGUCCAACUGUGUACUCAAACACGCUUCAGCCGAGACUGGGCUGAUCUACCUAACAUCCAAUGUUCUCUGGUGAUGGCAUACCUACGCUUAAACAAACCGCAGGAAUGUCGCCAGCAGCUACAAAGCGCCAUGUCCCGCUUCCCAUGGGUCUUUAGCAGGCUAGCCCAGGAACUUGAUCUCCAACAUGUUCCCAAAUCAAUCUGGGGCAAAAUGCCACCCAAUAGCUCCCACGAAUUGCUCACAGAACUCUACAUAAUUCGUGCCAAGGAUCUUUGGAAUACCCCCGAGGCAGUUUCUCUCAUCAUGGAGGUUGCCGACUCCAUUUCCGGCGAGGCAGAGCCCAACGAGCCGCCAGAGAUCACUUUGGAUAUUGCUCGUCAUGUGGUUUUAUCCGAUCUCCCCAAGGUGACCACCCAUCUUCCAAACCACUUUGUGGCCGGUCGACUCUCCGCUUCCGACCCACUCCCUCCUUAUGAAUCCGAGGCCUACAAACAGCAAUCCGAGCCUGCACCCGUCUACAUGGCUCCGGCUGGUGCUGGCGGUGGCGACGUGAACUGGCUGCAAGAUCUUCUCGGUCAGAUCGACAAUGGCAACCGCGGGGUCAACGAUCCAGAUGACGAGGGUCGCCAGAUAAUUGGAGGCUUCGGCGAUGACGAUGAAAAUGACAAUCAUGAUAAUGAAAACGAAGAUCACUACGACAUCCCGACAUCACGUCCUCCACUUGGAGAUCCAGCCGCCCUUGAAGGAUGGCUUUCACGCGAGGGGCUGCAAUCCCUCCGGAUUUUCCUGUCUCAGUACGGCAUUGACCGGGGCAAUUGGAGUGAAGUGGUGGUGGAAUAUGCGCCUCUGACUAAUUAUCUGGAAGCAAUGGAGAGACUCUCAGAGGCAUCCCGCCAACGUCUGUUGGACACCACCAUCAAGGAAUCUCUUGGAGAUUUCGCAGUGAGCAUGCUGGAAGAUGAACUUGCCAAUAUGCGAGGGGAUUAG